AGCUGAAAUGAACAGAGAGCAGUGUGGUGUGUGUAUGCCUCUGGAUCUAAUAUCACCUACCUGUCCUUGUCACUCUGAUAGUCAGCCGAGGUAGCCGCUGUUUACCACCGAUGCUAUGGCAGCACUCAAUGGCCUAUUUUAAGGCAUUUACCAGCUUAAACAGAAAGAGGGGUUCGUCUGAAUCGCAAGAGGAACCGCGCCACUGUGCGUUUUUUGGAGAGCUGAACACAUUCCGCAGUCGGACUUUCCGUUUAUCCUUCCUGUACUAAAGGGGACUUAAUCUGCUUUUGACAGCCAGUUGUGCGAUCUUUUACCGAUGAACUCUAUGAGGGAUCCAUUAAACGCAGACCAUCACCACCUAACAGGGAAUAAACUUGCCUCCACACACUACACGGCUCUGGCGAUGGCCUCUAGUUUACAGCCGCUGCAGCGGUCUGUGGACUCUAAACACCGGUUAGAGGUGCACACCGUGUCGGACACGUCCAGUCCGGAGUCUGUCGAAAAAGAAAAGAUCCAAAAUAAAAACGACGACUCUUCAGAUGACCCCUCUAAAAAGAAGCGACAGCGACGGCAGAGGACUCACUUCACCAGCCAACAGCUGCAGGAACUGGAGGCCACUUUCCAGCGGAAUCGCUACCCGGACAUGAGCACUAGGGAGGAGAUAGCCGUGUGGACCAACCUCACAGAGGCCCGGGUCAGGGUUUGGUUCAAGAACCGGCGAGCCAAGUGGAGGAAACGGGAAAGAAACCAACAAGCCGAGCUUUGCAAAAACGGAUUCGGCCCGCAGUUCAAUGGACUCAUGCAGCCCUACGACGACAUGUACCCCAGCUACACGUACAACAACUGGGCCGCCAAGGGCCUCACGUCGGCCUCUUUAUCCACCAAAAGCUUCCCCUUCUUCAACUCCAUGAAUGUCAACCCCUUGUCCUCGCAAACCAUGUUCUCGCCGCCCAACUCCAUAUCCUCCAUGACUUCCAGCAUGGUGCCAUCGGCGGUCACAGGCGUGCCGGGCUCCAGCCUCAACAGCCUCAAUAACUUGAACAACCUCAGUAACCCGUCUCUCAACUCGGGGGUGCCCACGCCGACGUGCCCCUACGCGCCUCCGACUCCUCCUUAUGUGUACAGGGACACUUGUAACUCCAGCCUGGCCAGCCUGAGACUGAAAGCCAAGCAGCACUCGAGUUUUGGAUACGCCAGUGUGCAGAAUCCGGCAACUAAUCUGAGCGCCUGCCAAUACGCCGUGGACAGACCAGUCUAAUACCUACCUGCACUGCAAAAAAUAACCACCCUAACAAGUCAUUAGAGGCUAGCAGUGACGCUUAAGGUGUUAUUUUUCUCACAGGGGGUGAGGAAAUCUAGCGGGGAGAUAAUUUUAGUUUUUGUUUUUUCAUGUGUUUAAGGGAAUUUCUUGAUCAAUUGGCAUUUUCUUGCUACUAGUUGGAAUGUUAUUUGCAUUAUUCUGGCCUUUUUUUCCCCAAGGCAUUGCCACUUGGCCCUUGAAACGUCCCAAAUAUUUUAAGAAACGUGAGAUUAUCCAAUCGCACCCUGUUGGUAAAUUUAAUUUUCAUUCAUUUCAGGGAAAACUAUGAUUUUAAGGUUGAUUACAAGACUGAAUGGCUUGUUAUGGUGGUCAUUUUUUACAGUGUGUGGGUAAUCACAAACAGCCGGCCACAGGAACAAGAGACUACUACAACUACUUUUUCAUUUUUCAAAAAGGGCACUAGAAGACUGAACCACUGAAACAAGCUCAACUCCGAGUCGGAGUCAAACUGAAAUGGGAGUUUUUAGGUUUAUUCCCCUUUGAUGAGUCCAGGCCUGCUUCACACUGCGCCACAGUUAAAAAAAAAAAAAAAAAAAAAAAAAAAAAAGAAAGAAAGAAAGAAAGAAAGAAAGAAAAAAAGAAAAAAAAAACAGGCCUGGUUCAUUUUUCAUAGCUCGUCAUGAGGGGUUUUCUGGUGGAUAUUGGACGUUAAUUGUUGACUGAAAAGGUUGUAUAUAUAUUUGAAUUAUCAUCUCCUGUUUGUCGAGGCGAAUGCGCUAUAACCCUCCAGUUCUCUCCAGGUUCAAUUUAUCAACGCAUGAGGAAUUAAAAAAAAAAAAACCCUAAAAAGGAAUCAUGUUUUGCUUGCAAACAAAA